UAGCAUCACCGACAUCAUCUUGGGAUCACAAAAAGGAACAAAAGGAUUGCUUGUGAGAGCAAAGACGGCCUACGAUCGACUUGCAAUCAACUUAAUUAUUGUUUGAGAGAAAAAACGCCACCUCGAGAUUCGACCUUCCCCGUCAUUGAUUAUUUAUUCUUGGCGACUUUCAUUUACCGCAGCAACCAGCACGAAGAUGUCUUCCGAAUCCACACAAAUGGCUAGUUCUAGCCGCGGUGGUGAUCAGAGCAAUAUUCUCUCUUCCAAGGUUUUUCGGGCCUUGGAGGUUCGAAGCGAUACCCCCGCAAUGAAAGCUGCAUUAGAUGCCCUGACCCACCUUCCGGACCAUCAAGAUGAUUUGUUCACCGUAGAUUCUCGAUCCGUUCGGGUAGCAAUCGAACAAGAUGCCCUGCAACAAGCCCUGUUGCUACAAGAUGAACUGCGAUCCUUGCUUCAAACCGUGACGAAACUUGGGCAGGGAGUGGCCGAAACUGCGGCCAUUGCGCACCGUGUCGAUGAAGUUAUUCAUUCGAAUGUAGUCACGAAAAGUGGCAGCGGCGUCAGUGGUCUAAUCAACGGAGACAAACAAGGGGUUGGCGGUAUUUCUGGAGCCAUAACUUCCAACGAUGAUCACAAAGACAGCAAUGCACUCUCUGGUAAUGGUUUUUCCACGAGUGGCCGAAAUUCUGAUGACUCCGCCUUGGAAGAAGAGCAAAGACUGGCAUUUGUCCUGAACAAUUGCUUCACGCGAAGGAACAUUGCACGCAAGAGGGUAGAAGCAGUUCAUGAGUUUUUGGAGCGAUUCGACCUUUCGGAAGAAGAUUCUCGCCUGCUUGAACACUACGCGUUUGAAGAUGUUGAAACCUCUAACGUGAACGGUAUAGCGUUUUUGAAUGCACUGGAGCGAGUCCUGGUGAUUCGGAAAGAGCUUGGUCAAACGGUGGGGUCUCUGGACAUGCUCCACCAUCAAAAACAAUCGCAUGGGUUGUCGGAAAUACCCUCCUUCAGUACAUCUUUUGCAGACGAUAAUCGCUUGGGUGCGUCUUCUGCUCUUCGAAUGAUGGAAACAUUGGCUCAAAAGCAAGAACGCGCAUACGAACGCCUCUAUCAUUGGUUGCAAAAGUAUCUUCACCUACAUUCUCACGAACAACAUAAUCCUGGCUUGGAGCAACAUGAUGGUGAUCGAUUGGAUGAAGUUCUAGCGCAUCCGUUUGUACGACGAUCCCUUCGAGUACUACAAAAUGUUCCCGCAUUCUACUCGCACCUUUUGGAGUUGAUUGCACAGUCGCGACGGUCGGAAGAAACAAGGAGGUUCUUAUUGGCCCUGACAAGUGGACACAAUGGGCUACCACCUAUUGAAAUGAGAGCACACGAUUCUGUGGUCUACGUCGGAGACAUGCUUGCAUUUUGCUUCCGUGCCUUCUCAGUGGAAGCCGAUGUUGCUAGAGGUCUCUACAGUUUGGAAGAAGAAAGUGGAGAAGAAGGAAUGAGAGUGAAGGAUGCUAAAAUAGACAACAAUGUUUCCACCGAAGAUGACACGGACUUUUUGGUAGAAAAGCCACUCACGAGAACUGAAAUGCUGGCCUUGAGCAUGGGUGGAAUUUCGAGACCUUUAAAGUCUCGCAUUCUACAGGUGAUCUCGAAUCUAGCACGUCAUCCAGGCGACGACGAUGACGUAGAAUCUGACGAUGGAAUGGACAAUUUGGACGAGGAGGGGGCUUUCAUAAGGUCUAACUUAUCUCAGCUCUACGACAUCUGUGGCCUUCUUCUAUUUUACGCAGCAGCCGUUAACAAAUCGAUGGCCAAAUUGAGUUCUAGUGAUGAAGGCGCUGCAAGAGGAAGUAAGACACUUGUCGAAGCUGGAGAAAAUCCAAUUAUCGACGUCAUUCUGCACUGUCUUGGAGAAGCCACGAAUGCUUACGAGGCUUCCCUCCGCGUUUAUGCGUCGAUGCUGGAGCAACUUCAACUUUUGACAGGAGACUCAGAGUCGUCAUUGGCACACAUUAUGAUUGUACGCAUUGUAGAAGCCAGAAAGGAGUCGCCUGGAUUUGCUACUGAUGUCGAUUGUCCGAAAAUGUACCGCCAAAUAUUAUCGCUAGAUUGGCCUUGCAAUAUUCUCAUUGAAGCAGCGCUGCCUGCGUGUAAAACCCUCGACGACACGGUGACACUGAAACAGUCGAUCUCCGUGGCGAGUCAAGGAAAUUUGACGGCUUCUGUGGCAACGUCCUUGGAACAGAGACUCAGCGAGAAAGAAGGGACACUCAUCGAUGAUCUGGUUGGGAAAGAAACGACUGAAGUGCUAGACUUUUGUGGGCUCGGCAGGCUUGUUGUGGCAUGGGAUCGUUACAAGGCCGUACAAGUGGAGGGAAUGACCAUGGCAAGCUUUCCUGGUUUGACGCCAGAUGAGGCAGAAAUAGCCAUGAAAGAAUUUUUCUCUUCGUUGUACUCACCACCUAUUCCUUCCUUCGAGAACACAAUCAAAGAUCCGACCUUGCGAAAACUGGCGAGAAACAAGAUUGCCAAACGUGUCUGCGAGAGGUACGCAUCUAUGUACGAUGCCAUGUUGAAACCGGAGACGGGGGGUUAUGAUGACACGAGCUUUUUGGGACACACACCCGAACAAGUCAACACGCUAUUCACGGUUUAGUAAUGUAGGUAUUCAAAAUUUCAUCUAC